AUGACGUUGAUUGUAUCACUGUUGCUCGUGGCGCUCAGCACUAAGCUGUGUGAAGGAUCAUUCUCGUUGCUAAGCGAACCACGGCAAACCUGCGCCGGAUACAAGGGCAUUGCGGACGCGAUUGCGGCCCUCACUCAGUCCCUUCCAGGCCAGUCACCAACGUCCGUAGACCCGUUGCUAGGAAUGCAAUCAAGCUUGCAGGACCUCCUGCGCUUGGUGACGGUCCAUCAGUCCUGUGACGAAAUCACCGGUCCUCCGGGAUUGUACUACGUCCGUGAUGGCAACGACGAACCAACGCAGUACUAUUGCCAGACACAACUGCUGGGCGGAGGCUGGACCGUGAUACAGCGUCGAACAAACGGGAUGGCCAACUUCACGCGCAGCUUCAACGAGUACCGGGACGGUUUUGGGCAUCCUGACCAGGAAUUUUGGAUCGGUCUGACGCGCCUGAAUCGCAUUACGUCGUUAACGCAGUACGAGCUCGCUAUCCUGAUGGAUGCCUUCGAUGGUUCCACGGCGACGGUUCGGUACACCAGCUUCAAAGUCGCUCCCGCCACGGACAACUUUCGAUUGGUAACGUUGAGCGGGUUUUCCGGCACCACUGGAAACUCGAUGAGCACGUCCGUUGGCAAGACAUUCUCCACCUUCGAUCGGGAUAGCGAUGCGGCCACGUUAAACUGUGCGGAUGCUUCGAAAGGAGGCUGGUGGUUUGGCGCUUGCGGUGACAGCAACCUGAACGGAUGCUAUUGCGGUGCCAAUCCAACCACGACUCCCAGGACGGCGAUGAUAUGGGUUGCGUUCAAGGGCGCAUCUCAACCGCUGAAGGGUUCUCAAAUGCUGAUUCGCAAAAAGCGAGCCUGA